UGGACUAACGACGAGACAAGGAUAUUGCUCGAGGCACUCCUGGGUCCUGAUAGUGAGCUCUACACGGAGCUUGGCACAAAUGCAAAAUAUGCCUACAGAAAGGUAAGUGUGAAGUUUGAGAGACAUUUGUAUCCCAAACGAAGUCCACAAUCAGUCAGAAGCAGAUAUGAGCGGCUACGGAAGCUAUUCACAUACAUAUUAGCAUUCGAGUCGAUGACUGGCAAUGGCGAGGGUGAUCCUGACGUUAAGGAGCUUGAUGAACAGAUCAAAAAUGCAAGAGUAGCAGGGAGGGAUGUAGGAAACUUAUCUGGGACCAUGCUGAAACGGUGGUAUACUGAGGGCUGGUAUGAGCUGUUCAACAACCGCCUUGGCGAGCACCCAGGGCUGGUGCGGGAGCAUGACUUUCACUCGGGCACCAUUUCGGACACAAUCGAGAUUAGCAGUGACGAAGAUGCCAAAGAUGCUAACAGUGGCUUUGAGAGUGCUGAUGCUGAGGCAAAGCCAGCAAGGAAAAGUACUGCAAAGGGAGGCACAGCAUCUACAAAGACACAAGAAAAAUCAUUGACCUCGAGAGGUGUUCCUGCACCACGUCACAAACGGCAGUCAUCUCGCACAAGCAUGGGAAGCGAGCUUGCAGAAUAUCUCACAUCGAAUGCCGAGUAUAUGCGGUAUAUGAUGAAAAGUGAUAAUGAUCGCUUGAAAAUUCAGCAAAAACGUGAAAAUCGGCAGGACGAGAAGCAAGCAGCAGAUGCGAGAGCAGCACAGGUUGAAGCUAGGGUUAGGAAUGCAAGGGAAGUCCUGGCAGACGAG